AACAUUGAAUGCAUUCGUUUAAUUGUUGUCCAGUUCUAGACAGCUCAGUUCGGUGCAGAGGUUAACGGUUUUGACCAACGUAUAGUUGUUGAGCGUUUCGAAUGACACUCUGCUAGAACAAAAACAGCCUUGGCAUAUCAUGAUACAUGAUUUGAAACACUUCAUAUUGUAUCGUCAUUAGAAAUGCGGUCCUAAGUCUCUAUUCAUGGCACUGUAUCAGUGUUACUAAUAUGUAAAAGUCGAAUUUUCGCGACAUCUCAGUGUGGGAUAUUUUUUGGAGACAAAACAUGUCCAAACUCAAUAGAGUUCAACUUAACCCUUCAGGACUGUCGAGGCAAAGCACACGAACAUACAAAGCAAUACGGCAGAAGUCUAACGCAGACCUUGAUAACACUCUAAGACAGCUCAAACUCGAACACAAGGCAAGCAUUUCCAAGAUUCUGCAAGAAGAAUACGACUUGAAAAACGUUCAAAACUCAUUGAAGUCUAAAAAGUCGUUCAAGGGUGAUGUACAAAUGAGUGCUUGCGCAGGAAGUGAGGAAGAACUGGAGGAAGGAAAGAUGGAUUCUAUGAUGAAUGACGAAUACGUGUUGGAAGAAAAACCUACAAAUGUUUCGAAAAUGGCUAGUUUUAGGCCCAAGCAUGGUAAAGAGUGCCACAAGAAAAGACAUCAUUUUCAUUUACCAAGUAUUUUGGAAGAAAACUCUCGUUGUUUUGUGACUCAAGCAGCGAAAACAGCGCAAUGCGAGAACAUACUCCCUCCUUUGUUUGAGUUCACCAACCCGAGCUAUUCCCGAGGAUAUCCCGAAGGAGAGUCGGAACGCUGCAGGAGCAAAACCAUUUCUAUUCCAGAUGAAACUCGUGAAGGUAGAAGACAACUAUACGUCAUGAGAAAACGAUCAAAUGAUGGAAGGAUUGCCAGUAACACAAAACGAAAAGAUCAAAAUAGUCCUGAAAAUGAUUCGACUUCACAGGGGUGGGGUGAGGAGAUGACGAUUGGGGCUAGACACUUGCGAAGAUCUUACUCAUCGCCCAAUGUUUUUGAUAUUUGAUACUGAUCUUGAAGACGAUUUGACUUCACAGGGGUAGGGUGAGGAGAUGACGAUUGGGUGUAGAAACCUGCGAAGAUCUUACUCGUUACCUAAUGUUUUUAAUAUUUAAGCAUUUGUACAAAAAUAGCUGAUUACUAAUUUUAGAACUAGUGGAUUUGAACUUAAAUAACUUGACCUCAAGUCGGGGUCAGGAGCUUCACAUAUUUGUUUGAAGGGAGGGACAUGGGAUUGUGAAGGAAGGGGAAAAGCAGAGAGAAAGAGAAGAAGGGAUGAAAAGGAAGGAUCGUGCAAAGUUUGAUAGAUCGACAGCCCAAUUUAGAACGCUAAACUACCGUCGCUUCUUAAUAAAACUUGCUAAGGGGAAAAAACGA